AAUUUCCAAAAUGGCGAAAAUUAUUUUUGAAAACUUUUUGUAGAUUUUAAAAACUUCAUAAUUUAUCAUAUUUUAGGGAAUAUAUACAUACUUUUACUGACACCAAAAUGGAUGACGAUUUUGAUUACGCGUUUGAGGAUGAGUUGGACGCCAUGAAUGACAUGGAAGAAUAUUCCAAUCCAGUGAUAUCAAACAAAUCUAAGAAAAGCUUGGACUUUACUACGCCAAAGUCUGCCACAAGGAGCCGUCCAGUUAAAAAUCUAAAUGACAGUUUUGCGACACCUUUAACUGAGAGUCCCGGAGUAGGAAAUAAAGAAAAUGACAGUAACUCAAAUUUUCGCAAGUCAAAGAAGAGAGACCAGUCGGACAUGUUCGGAGAUCUUUCAGAUGAUGACGAUGAUUUGAACUUGAAAAAUACUGCAAAAACUACAGAUUCUCUACCUGACAUAACUCCACAGAGGAAGCGUGCUAGGCAUGGUACAGCCAGUCAAUCUCAUUCCAAGAAACCUGCAUCACAAGAUAAUUCCAUCGGUGAUGAUUCUUUCGAAAUAACUCCUCCAUCGUCCCCAGUUGCUGUGACAACGAGACAGCAAAACAGGGCAGAGUCACCAGUUCUAAGUGCAACUGACAGAAUUAAACGUCUCCAGACGAUGAAAGACAAUUUUGAGAUGACAAGAGAAAGAGUCCUGAAAAGACCACCAAAUGGACAGUUUUUCUCUGCAACUGGUGAAGGUGGUCAACGAGCUUAUAUGACAUUAAAAGAUGAAUCAAACUUAGAAAAAGAGAGUUUGGAACUGGUUGCUAGCUCUAAGGGAUUGUCACUACUAGGGACAUCUAUCACCUCACUGAUGAACACAGUUCGAACUAAAAAAUUGACAUCAUUGAUAGAAGAAUCUACAAAUCUAUCCAAGCACAUUACAGGUGAAAUAGACAGCGCUAUAGCAGCAGUAAAUGGUAACCAUAGUGAUAUAGAUGAUGAGGUUGUCGAGGAGACAAAUGAGAGAGCCCAGCAUCUCUGGGUGGAUCGUUAUGCACCACAUAAAUACACAGAACUCUUGAGUGAUGAGAGUACAAACAGGACAUUGUUACAUUGGUUGAAAAUGUGGGACUAUUGUGUCUUUAACAAAGACAAGAGGGAACUGGAGAAAAAACGGGAGAAAAAAGAACAGCAGAACCAAAAGAAAAAUGCAGCAAAGCCUGAUAAUAAAAACUUUGACAAUAAAAAAUUUGACUUCAAAAAGAAGUUUGAACAAAAUGAUGAGCUAGAUCAGUUUAAUCGUCCAGAAUAUAAGGUUGCUUUGUUAUGUGGACCCCCAGGACUUGGGAAGACAACACUAGGUCACAUCAUAGGUAGACAUGCAGGCUACCAUGUGGUAGAAAUGAAUGCAAGCGAUGAUCGAAGUGUUGAUGCAUUUAGAACUAAGAUAGAGGCUGCCACCAGUAUGCAGGCAGUUAUGGGAGCAGACGCUCGCCCAAACUGUUUAGUUAUUGAUGAAAUAGAUGGCGCACCACAGCCUGCAAUAAACAUUCUGCUGCAAGUGUUAAAAAAUACUGGUGAAACUGCAAAGAAAAAGAAGCAAAAAGACAAAGGCAUAUUACGGAGACCUAUCAUAUGUAUAUGUAAUGACCCCUAUGUUCCGUCACUGAGACAGUUGCGACAAAUAGCGAUGGUGCUGCCAUUUCAGCCUCCUAUUGCUAAUAGACUGGCUAGUCGACUUUUAGAGAUCUCAAGAAAGGAGAGGUUAAAGACCGACCAGACAACUCUGCUAGCUCUGUGUACUAAGAUGGAAAAUGACAUCAGAUCAUGCCUCAAUACUUUACAGUUUAUACAGCAGAAGCAACAAGAGCUAACUUUACGGAAUGUGCAAUCGAUGGGUAUAGGACUGAAGGAUCAACAUAAAAGUUUUUUCGAAGUCUGGAAACAAAUAUUUCAGAUGCCAAAGGCACAAAGGAAAAGGUUUGUGAACCCACAUGACAGAGAGAAGAUGACAGCAGAUGACUGGAAUGACACACAGAAGAUUGACAACACAUCUACAGCUAGCAGGUUUCAGACUGUGCUGAGCACUGUACAAGCAACUGGAGAUUACGGGAAAAUCAUACAAGGUGUACAUGAAAACUAUCCUCAAAUGAAGAUUAAGGAUCCUCGUCUAGAUGGACUGUCGUUGGCCAAUGAAUGGUUCUGUUUUGCUGAUCUGUUAAACCGUGAAACAGCGCAACACCAGAACUAUAUUCUACAGCGUUAUGUUCCAUACUUGAUGGUGACAAGCCAUCUUAUCUUCGCAACCAAUCAUGUGCCUAAAUUGCAGUACCCGACUGUACAAAAUGAGAUAACUACAAAACUUGGUAAAUCUUCACAUCUGGUUGAGGCCAUGAUGAAUGAGAUGUGUCCAAACACCAGGAAGUUUGUCAACUAUAAUAUGAUCGUCAUGGACAUUCUCCCACAUCUAAUAGAUAUUAUACAGCCAACCCUUAGACCGGUUAACACUCAACUCUACAGCGCACGCGAGAAAGAAAGCUUGGAACAACUGAUCAGAAUCAUGAUUGCCUACAAUUUGACGUAUCAUCAAGAAAAAACUCCGGAGGGCCAGUACCAGUAUAUCCUAGACCCGGGAGUAGAUGAAGUUUCUAGAUUCCCAGGAAUGAAGCCUAGUCGACAAUUGACAUAUUCAGCCAAGCAGGUGAUAGCAAGAGAGAUUGAUUUAGAGAAAAUGCGAAGGACAGAGUCCCAUAUAGACAUAAGGCAACGUAGAGCUCAAGGUCUCCCAGACGACAAAUCCAGCACACCUGAACUGGCGCAUUCCAAAAAUAACCCAAAUGCCAAAGAUGGUAAUGAGCAUAAAGCAACAAUUGCUGACAAAGCUCUAGAUGAGAAUCUCAAGAAGGAGCAAUUGCCAAAUCAUCUGCAGUUUCUCAAGCCUAAGAAAGUCAAGGAAGAAGCUGUUAUUGUCAGAGAUUUCUUUGGACGUGUUGUUAAAAAGAGAGAGCCUUUGCCUGGACAGGAAGUGGAAGAAAAGAAGAAUCUGAUUGGUGGAGAUAUCUGGUAUUGUUUCAAAGAAGGAUUUUCCAAUGCUGUGCGUCGUAAUGUCCGUAUAUCUGACCUGAAAUAGACAUAUAAAACCUCAUAAAGUGCAUAUUAUGGACUUGGAGGCUGUGCGAUAUAAUGAGAAUAUAUUUUACUUUAUGUGGAUAACCCAUUACUCAAUAUAUCAUGUACUUUUAUUCUACCUCAUGUGGUCAGAUGGACAAUUUACGACAAUUUACGACAAUUUAGGACAAUUCAACAACUAACUAUUGUGCAUAUUACAGUAAAACCUGUAUACCCAAAUUGAGGCUGAAAAAAUCAUGAAUUAUGUGGGUAAACCAUCGCUUGCAGAAAUGUAUGUAUUUCAAACAAUGGUCUUGAAAUGGAAAACAUGCCCAUAUAAUAUGGUGCGUUCAAAACAAUUUUCAGUCGCAAAAAUACAUAUUAAUGUAUAUUAUGUAAAUUUUCAGCAUGUUUUGAUUUAGAAUUUCAGAUAAAAGAACUACAUGUAAACAAAAAUAUGUUUCGGAAAAAAACUAACAAUAAAUAGGAAAAGUAUAGAUAUCGUUAGACUUUUAUACAAUAUUAAUAAAAGAUGCAUGGAACUUUGAUAAUAAGGUUCUUCAUCAAAAGUUCACGGAUAAUUCAGUUUGUGACUUAAUGCAAUGGAUAAAAACAGCGUUAGUCUGGCUAGAAACUGCAUACAAUACAGUAGAAUUGCACAUUUUAUAGCCAAUUUCAUUAUAAAGUUAUUUCAAAAGAGAUCCCGAUAAAUACAUUAGACUGACUAGGUUCCUGUGCAAAUCUUUGAUUUUCCUAACUCAGUAAAUUGUACGCAAAUGGCAUAAAAAAGUGAACAAUUCAGUUAUGUUUCCUUAGUCGGAAAAUCCAAUGUAAAUUCCGUAAAUUACAUUUUCUAUUCAAGUGGUCUUAAUUUUGGUGAAGGAGAAAAUGAAUUCGAUUUUAAGUUUGAGAAUUUGGUUUUUGAUGGAUAAUUUAAUAAAUGUAGCAUAAUUGAAGGACUCUUGAGUUGGCUAUGUGUUAAUGAACAACAUUAUUCUACUUUGAAAUCAGAUUGUUCGCUUUAUGAAGUGCUCUUAAAUGAUAUUGCUUUAUUUUUGCAGGGACACUUAGUUAAAGCUACCCAGACAUAAAAAGUCAGAGUUCUCAUGUUUCGGAGUAUGAAAUAGAGUGGAAUAAUGGAGAA